UAAUGGUGGAGUUCCGAUAUGUAGGCCUACAAAGCUAACAUAUCCUGUGUCAGUUUGAAUCUCAUCUCCUCUAUAGUAUCUCUAUAAGUUCAGUAUUCACACCAAUGCGCAACAAUUCUGGAAAUGGUUUGGAAAAAUUAAUGAUGGAAAAAAGUUAUUAAUUGUGAAAUUACGCAGGCUGGAAUGCAUAUCACGGACCACCUGCAAUGACGCUGCGGACCACCGGUUGAAAACCCCUGCUGUACAUGAUAAAUGGGUCUCCUUUUUCUGUGUGUGUGUUUGUAUGUAUGUGUUCGUAAAUGUGUGUGUGUGUCUGUCUGUCUGUCUGUCACUCCCUCCCUACAUUCUGAUGAGGAUGUUCUCUCCUCUCCUCUUAUCUGCAGAUGCCUGUGAGCUCACACUGGACCCAAACACAGCACACAGAAACCUCUCCCUCUCUCAGACCAACAGAAGGGUGACAUUUGUGAGAGAGGAGCAGCCGUAUCCUGACCACCCAGAGAGAUUUGACUGCUGGUAUCAGGUGUUGUGUAGAGAGGGUCUGUCUGGACGCUGCUACUGGGAGGCUGAGUGGAGUGGGGGUGGAGCUGAGAUAGCUGUGGCCUAUAAAAGCAUCAAGAGGAAAGGGAAAGGUAAUGACUGUAAAGUAGGAGUAAGUGACAAGUCCUGGAGUCUAAUAUGUUCUGGCCUCAGUUACUCUGUGAGGCACAAAAAGAAGAGCAUUGACAAAAUUGCCCCCUCCCCACGCUUUAGCAGAGUAGGUGUGUACUUAAACUGGCCAGCCGGCACUCUGUCCUUCUACAGCGUCUCGUCUGACACACUCACCCAUCUUUACACCUUCUACUCCACAUUCACUGAGCCCCUCUGUCCAGGGUUUUAUGUUUGGUCAGACUCCCCAGUGUCCCUGUGCCAGAUCACAUGAUCACAUGAGCUCACACGAUCAAUGGUUAGACUGAGAAUUGUCGUCGCAAAAUCAAAAUUCCACUGGAAUUCCAAAUGGUUUUGUACACGCAGCCUUACAACACCCAAGAUAGCAAGGGGCUGGCGGACCACUGGGGGCUGUCCGCUGGCAUUUUGCUCAUCGGUUCUCUGGCAGUCCACUGGCGGGUUGCAGACAAAUUGCCACUUUUUUCAUUUGUCCAGUUAUACUCGAUAUAUCAUUUUAUUAACUUUUCUGAAUAUACAUGACAAGUUAAAUUAAGAUAUGGUGGUCCAACGGCGGACCACAAGUGGCACGCCACCGGCGGCAUACCACCAGUGGUCCGCUAUCUGCUAAUCUGAUUUUGCUAUCUGGGACUGUUUACAGCUCUAUGAGCCAUUGUACAAUAUCAUUUUUGGUACAGAGAUAAUUUAGAUUACCCUUAUGGGGUGGGUGCUUGUGUUUCUUCAGGAAUCCUUCUGUAGGAAUGAAUAUUAAGUGACACACUGCAAAAAAUAUAAUCUAACCAAGUGUUAUUAAUCAUAUAUUAAGAUCAAAAAGUAUUUUUGAAGUAUGAAUUGACUUGGGUUCUCGCGAAAGAUCAUUUUGACUUAAUUGAAGAAUACUUAUUUUAAGGAGUCUUAAAUACAAAUUAAUUCAAUGCACCUGGCAGACAAAUUUGCUUGUUUUCAGGAUGAGAUGUCUUAAAAUAAGUCAAACUCUUCUUAAAUUAAGUCAAAUGAUUUUACGAGAAAGCACUAGGUAAGUCUCUUCCUGAAAUACUGAAAACAAAACCUACUAGUUGUUUUGAUCUUGAUAUAAGAUUAAUGGCAUUUGGUUUGAUUUUAUUAGAUGAACAGUUUUUGCAGUGCACAAACAUGUAAAAGGGUGAAAAUAGGGCACAGGCAGAAAUAGGUCACUUUCCGAUGUAAUAAUCAUUUCUAUGAUAACCAGCAGCUAGUCAUCAUCUUUUAUGUUUAAGCAUUGUCUGUAUGUACUGUACAUCAGGCCCCAUCACAGCCCUGCAUUACUGGCCUGUGACGGGGCCUGACACGGAAAUGCUUUUAAAAAUGCAUCUAAAAUGUAUUUUAUUCAAGCAUAUACUGUAAACAUCCUGAGAUGGCACAAUAGGCAUUCCUCAGUUGAUCAUGUCCUCCAAAUGACUCGAUGUUCAGAUUCAAGAAAAUAAAUGAUUAAA